UUUUUUUUUUUUUUUUUUUUUUUUUGUAGUGGGUUUUUUAGGUUAUUGGACAUUUGUCACUUUAUAAAUCAUUCUUACACUUUUUACAAUUAGGAUCCUUUGUAUUUGAUCCUAAUCCAUACUAAAGUAAUUGAUAAAUAAGUAACUUUCCCGUUAACUUUAUUAAUUAGCCUGAAAACAACUUACACGUAUUAAAAUAUAAACCAUGUCACAAUACGACAGAUAUGAAUCAACAUGUAACAAUUUAAAUUGCCGGCUAAUGUUAAAAAAGAAAACCACAAUGCCCCUAAUACCUCAUCUAAUGAACAUCUAUUUGCGUACAUGAACAAGAACAAACAACUCAAAUGAAAAAGAACAUAUGAGCAAUUAUGGGAAUGUAGAUCUUGAUUUUUAUUAAUACAACAACUUCAUGUCACAAAUGGCGGAUAAGCGGCCGGUUAUUUCAUCGUCACAGCCGGAACCACCAUUUUCGAGUCAUGAAAAGCUUCCAAGUUCAAUCAUUGCGAACAAGUAUUUAUGGGUAACUUUGGUUGUUUGUUGUUUCAUCCUCUUUGUUUCCAUUGUGUUAUGUUUAUGUAAUAAGAAAAAGGUUUUAGCGCGAUUCAAGCGAAUAAGGGAGACCAAGAAAGAUAAGAUAGAUGCUGAUGAGUUGAUGUUGAGGAAAUUUCAAGUCGAAGAGCUUGAGACCGCUACAAAUAAUUUUGCUGAAGAGUGUUUGGUGGGAUCCGGUGCAUUUGGAAACGUGUACAAAGGAACAUUUGAAGGGGAUGUAACCCUAGCCAUCAAAAAGGCGCGUGAUGAUUCCUACACAAGCAUACAAGAAUUUCGAAAUGAGGUAAAGCUAAUCUCGAAGGUGAAGCAUCCGAACCUCGUUGGUCUAGUCGGCUAUUGUGAAGAAACCGGAAGAAAGGGAGUGCAAAUAUUGGUUUACGAAUACGUCCCGAAUGGAUCAUUGCUUGAACAUAUUGUGGGUAGGGACAGAAAGCCCUUAACAUGGAAGCAAAGAGUAAAUAUAGCCAUUCAAGCUGCUAAAGGCAUCGCUCAUUUACACGAAGGGAUUAAACCGAGUAUAAUCCACCGAGACAUAAAACCGAGCAAUAUUCUAAUUGGAAAUGGGUUCGAAGCCAAAGUUUCUGAUUUUGGGUUAGUUAGAUCGGGCCCAGUUGGGGAUAACUCGUAUGUUAGUAGCCAAAUCAAAGGGACACCGGGUUACCUUGACCCAGCGUAUUGUACAAGCUUUCAUUUGAGCCCGUUUAGUGAUGUUUAUAGCUUUGGAGUUAUUUUAUUACAACUCAUUGCGGCUCGACCAGCCGUUGACUCGAAUAGGAGUCGCUCCAAUUAUCAUAUUAUCGAUUGGGCGAGGCCUCAUUUAGAGCGAGGAAAUGUUGAAGAAAUCUUGGAUGCAAAUCUAUUGCUAGAGCCAUGCAACAUGGAUAUCAUGCUCAAAAUGGGAAGAUUGGGCCUAAGGUGCGUUGUCAAAGAGCCCAAACAAAGGCCCACCAUGAGACAAGUAUACAAAGAGUUAGAGACAACUCUUUGGUCAGCUAAUAGCAACGUUUCGCGGCAAGUGACACCGCGGUCUUCAACGGAGUCCGUCAGUGGUAGGUCAUUGGAACUCCGAAAGGGUCACGUGAUGGAUCACGAUAGUUCGGUAAGUCUAGAUGGCGUUGGGCUUCAAAGAUUUCGUGUAGACAUUGAUAGUCUCUCUUUUCAGAGCGCGAGCUUGAGAUGUUUAGAACCCGAUAAUCUUGUUUUUCAUGUUGAUGAGGAGGGUAGAGCCGUUGAUGAGGAAUUGAGCUUUUGUAUGGAUGAAUAUUUGAGUAUACCCCGCGAUUGAUAUACAAGAUUGUAUAAAAAAAAAUGUUUUUGUUAAUUAUAUAAGUUGUGUUUUUAGUCG